AUUUCUCCUUCUUUUACAGACUCCCUCUAGUUUGGGACGUGUUAUGUGAUAACACUACAGCGAUAGAGCGAAAGCAUCAUGAAGGUGACAAUCCUGCUCAUCUGCUCCUGCCUGGCCUGGGAAGGCCUGGGGAAGCCACAGUUUCCUGACCAAGAGAAAGAUCCCCUGUUCUGGAACACAUGGGCUCAGCGUACUUUGAAGAAUGCCCUCACACUUCAGAAGCUCAAUCAAAACACUGCAAAGAACCUCAUCCUCUUCCUUGGUGAUGGAAUGGGCAUUCCCACAGUGACGGCAGCACGAAUACUGAAGGGGCAGCUGAGCAGACAGAGUGGGGAAGAGACCCAGCUGGAGAUGGACAAUUUCCCCUAUGUUGCGCUUUCCAAGACAUAUAACACCAAUGCCCAGGUUGCAGACAGUGCGGGUACAGCCACAGCAUUCCUCUGUGGAGUGAAGGCCAACGAGGGCACGGUGGGUGUGAGUGCAGCUGCCGUCCGCUCUCAGUGCAACACCACACAGGGCAACGAGGUCACCUCCAUCCUCAGAUGGGCCAAGGAAGCCGGCAAGUCAGUGGGAAUAGUCACGACAACGCGUGUGAACCAUGCCACCCCCAGUGCAGCCUAUGCCCACUGUGUGAACAGGGACUGGUACUCCGAUGGAGAAAUGCCCGCUGAGGCAGUAGAGGCGGGCUGCAAGGACAUCGCCAGACAGCUCUUUGAGAACAUUCCCAACAUCGAUGUGAUUAUGGGAGGAGGGAGGAAGUACAUGUUCCCCAAAAACCAAUCAGAUGUGGAGUAUCCUGGAGAGAAGAAACACUUCGGUACCCGCAUCGAUAGAAGGAACUUGGUGGAGGAGUGGAAUAACCGAAUGAAAAACAAGAACGCCAACUAUGUAUGGAACAAGAAGGAACUUUUAUCGCUAAACCCUAAUAGUGUGGAUUACCUUUUGGGUCUGUUUGAGCCUGGAGAUCUUCCCUAUGACCUGGAGAGAAACAAUGAGACAGAUCCUUCACUGACAGAGAUGGUGGAGGUGGCCAUUAAGAUCCUGAAGAAAAACCCCAGCGGAUUCUACCUGCUGGUGGAGGGGGGGCGCAUCGACCACGGACAUCACGACGGUAAAGCCAAGCAGGCCCUGCAUGAGGCAGUGGAGAUGGACCGGGCCAUUGGCCAUGCUGGCCUCAUGACCAGCAUAUAUGACACAAUGACUGUCGUCACUGCUGACCACUCUCACAUGUUCAACUUUGGAGGCUACACUCCAAGGGGGAACACAAUUUUUGGACUGGCUCCCAUAUUGAGUGAUGUGGACCAGAAGCCCUUCACAGCCAUCUUAUAUGGGAAUGGACCAGGGUUCAAAGUAGUCAAUGGUCUGAGAGAGAACGUCUCCACCCUUGACUAUGAGGAAAAUAACUACAAGGCCCAGUCUGCAGUGCCGCUGAGUAUGGAGACUCAUGGAGGAGAGGAUGUGGCUGUGUUUGCUAAGGGCCCUAUGGCUCACCUGCUACACGGUGUCCACGAGCAGAACUACAUUCCCCAUGUCAUGGCUUAUGCUGCCUGCAUUGGCCAGAACAGAGACCACUGCAUGUCAUCCAGUGGAGCCUCUAGUCUCAGCGCUGCUCUGCCCAGCCUGACAGCUCUCCUCACACUCAUCCGCCUCCUCUGCUGACCUUUCACCCCAACCCCCCUCCUGCACUACCCCAACCCUCUUAGUAUACAUGUGAUACGCCCACAUAUUGUUUUCCAGUUGCAAUGCGUAUUUUCUUCUUACCAUUUAAGAAAUAUUUUUUCAUUCUAUAAUGACCACUGCAAGGGCAUUUAAAGUUAGUGUUUUGAGGGUUGGUGUUGUUCAGUCAGAUGUAGUUUUAGGGAAAAUAAGAGGAUAUCACUUUAUUUCUACUGCUUAUAGGAUAGGUUGUGUUAUUUUACUUUGGUAUUGAUCACUAUUCAGGUAACACCAAAACUAUGUGAAGAAUUCUGUCAUAUCAGUUGGUUUAAGAGAAGGGUAUAUCUCUGAAUUUAUAUCAAUCAUUGUAUGGGAAAAAUACCCUCCCGGGAUUAAUGACAAAGCAAUGUUGCUGCCCACCUUGUUGUCUGUCAAUUCCAUGACUACGGAUUAGUCAACUUUUCAAAGAAGCCAGUUCCUUUUGAAAAUUAGAAACCUAAUGCAGGGGAGAGGGCGGUAUGUUGUCACACUUUUCACACUCUUAACAUUUACUGGGCACAAUACAUCACAAUCUUAUAAAUGUCAUACCAAAUGAAAGAAGGAAGUCUUGGGCACAUAUGUUGUAUUCAUGACAUCUUCAUGUCUUAUUUCAGUACGGAGUUGUAGACAGUUAAAUAGAGAGUGUGCACAUGUGAAAGUUUGCUCCAUCAACGGGUAAAUUGUCACACUUCGUCGGGUAAGAUUAUCAACAAAUAAGAACACAACUAAUUAAUUGUGAAUGUUGAUUUUAAUUUCAAAUUCAAAACCAAAUUCAAUUUCAUUAAAGAGCUCAAAAUAAAAACAAUCAUGCCUAGAGAAUCUGGCAAAUCAUGACUUUCAAUCAAAACAAUAAUACUGGCAGAGCACACAGUAAUUAAGUAAUUACUAAGUAACUGCCUUCUUUUUCUUUGCAGAUCCAGAUUUUGACCUCCCACCUUGCUUACCUUUCUUCAGAAACAGCCUUUUGCUAGAUUGUGCCUUAUUCUUUUAAAUUUCUAUUGCCUGCUUCACUGGUGUGUCAGUUAGAAUUGCUGCUUUGCAUCGUUUUCUUCCUUUACAAGCUUGUUUUCGGGGGUCAGCUUUUGAAUAUGGCCUGAUGUCCUCUGGAGUUAGUAGUCUGCUGUCAGCAAUGGCAUUGCUGGGCAAGGGUGAGCUGGUGCUAGCAUAAGAACUGGGCAGGUCUGUGUCUGAGCUCGUGCUAGGCAGGGCUGGAAUGAUGCUGGGGCCUGGCAGGUUGGUGCUGGAGACAGGUUGGUGCUGGGGCCAGGCAGGGCUGGAAUAGUGCUGGGGCCUGGCAGGUUGGUGUUGGGGCCUGACAGGGUUGGAAUGUUGCUUGGGCCUGGCAGGGCAGGGUUGGUGCUGGGGCCUGGUAGGGUUGGAAUGUUGCUUGGGCCUGGCAGGGCAGGGUUGGUGCUGGGGCCUGGUAGGGUUGGAAUGUUGCUUGGGCCUGGCAGGGCAGGGUUGGUGCUGGGGCCUGACAGGGUUGGAAUGUUGCUUGGGCCUGGCAGGGCAGGGUUGGUACUGGGGCCUGGCAGGGCAGGGUUGGUGCUGGGGCCUGGUAGGGUUGGGUUCUGAAUGGGGAGAUCUGUAAUGUAGGAUGGCGCAAACUCGGUUGUAAUGUUGUUCCCCAGCCACCCUAAAGCCAGCCUGAAUGUUCAAGGGGGUUGCAGCCAGAGGAUAGGUGAUUGCCACAAUCCCAGGAAUGUCAUAAAUUGACAUUGUCUUCUCAGGAUUGUUCCUCAUCCAGGCAUCACAAGAGGUGUUUCAAAUGUUUCAGGAAGUCAACAGUGCACAUCUUUCAUCCACCCAGAGGGAUUUGUCCCUCCUUUCCUACCAGGUGGCCCGUUGAUCAGGAAAUGAUCAUGAAAGUUGACACGGGGAAUAUAAAAUAUGGAGGUAUACUAUUCCCUGUGGCUGAGAUAGCACAGGCCAGUGUGACGAGGGUUCCCCUUUCAGUGGAGGUCAGUAACCCUACUUGUUUGAAUCUACAUCUGCCCACCACUUUGUCAGGUUUAUGUACAGUGGUCACUCCAGUUUCAUCGACAUUCCAUAUGUCUCCUGGUCCAACUUGAUAUCUCUCUAGCACUUAUGCUACAUUGUCGAAGAAAGCAUUAACAUUUUCUCUGUUGAAGCUACUUGCCCUGGCAAGGCUAGUUGCCUCUGGCUUUCUCAGCAACAGCGUUGGGUGCCGCUUUAAGAAGCCUCUAAACCACUCCAAGCUGGCCUUUUCUUUUUCUGCCCACAUUGGUGCGAACUUCAGCUGUUGUGUCACAGCAAACUGGUCGGCAAGUCUUCUGACCUCACUUGGCGACAGACCAAAAUAAAUGUCAGCUGACCUAGUACUAUACUAAACAAGCUGCAUCUCCAAAUCAGGUGAAAAAACCUGUCGUGGCUUUGUAUAGCCAACCACUGUUGUUGGUAUGGCUGUCUGACUUUCAACUUCUUCUCUGGUAACCUUUUGACAAUACCGAGUCAGGGUACGGGAAUUUAUGUCAAAAUCCUUUGCUGUACUCCUGAUUGAUUUGUUCUGCAACUUCACCUGCCUCACUGCUUUUAACAUUAUGCCAGGUGGUGGGCUGCCAUCCUCUGUCUUUCUUUUAUCAUUUCUAACCAUCUUUCUUUCCUUCCUUCCUUCCUUCCUUCCUUCCUUCCUUCCUUCCUUCCUUCCUUCCUUCCUUCCUUCCUUCCUUC